AUGGCAGGAUAUGAAGGUGACAGUCCGCCGACAGUUGCGCAGGAUGCACCUUGGAAUUGCGUGGCAUUUCAUGCUAGGAGCCCAAAAGCUAGGGGCACGCCGAACAAAGAUCAACCUUCGCGGACGGAUGCGCAGGCGGGAAAGGGAAUGUAUGUCAUGGGCAGUUUGGACAUCUUGCCUUUUCCGGAGGAUGGGCUGGUCAACCUGCAAGUUGCUGUGGUUGACAUGGGCAACCGCGGCAUGCAACAGGUUGUGGUAAGGUCACAUUGGCGGACGAGUGAUUGCAGGGCUCACGCUGUGGGCGCUGCUGCCGCGAGCUGCCGCCCUCGCACGCAGAAGGCUUUGGAUGUCACGUUGGACCGUGAGAGCGGCAACGCUCUGGGCUGCAUGGUGACGCAGUGGCCGGAGACGGUGGAAGCCCACUUAAGGGACGCUUUGUUCAAAAACCUCACCGAAGCCGAGACUUCUUCGACCGUUGAGGCGCGUCGCAGUUUUCAGGAGUUCAGGGAUACGCUGGAAGCAUUGGUCCUGGCGCAGAAGACGCGCGUGUCGGAGAUUGGUGAUCACCUGGAGAGAUUGUUCAACGAGGAGAAUUCUGCUGAUGAAGCCGCCCACAAGGCGGAGAUCUCAGCAGAUAUCAAGGAGCAUGCGGCACUUCAAUACGUCCGGGUGUUGGUUCAGGCUGCAUCCCAGCGUCAAACAGAGGCCGGGCCGCUGGGGUGGACUGGUUAG